AUGGCGGAAGAGGCGCUGCUGGACGGACGCGCACUGCAGUUGUGGGAACUUCCCACACGUCUUCAUAACAAUGAAAGAAUGCUGCGCGACUUUUUUGCGUCUCACUUCCGCUUUACUGCGGCGGCGCAUAUAAAGAGUGUUGUUUUUAAUAAAAACAGCAGCAAUGGGAAGUGUGGGAGUUCGCCUUGUGUGGGUGGCGAAGUGACGGUGGUGUUUUCUGAGCGAGCGGCGGUGCGUGUGGUGUUGUCAAGAAUUAUUCAACACGAAUUGUUGGAGCAAGAUAAGGAAAGUUGCAUGGAACUACGGCGUGGGUAUGUUUACUUUGGGCAGGAUCGUUUAUUGGUGGAGGGUAUUAUUUAUUUAGUGGACGCUAUUCCACCAACAACACCCGCUAGUGCUUCACCCUCACGUUCGACUAUUAAUAAUAAUAAUAAUAAUAAUAAUAUGAACCUUAGUCAUAAUAAGACUGGUGCUGGUGUGGUAUCGACACUUACACCUUCCACUAGCACGCAUACACGUACGGUGAAAGCCGCAGGUGGGGGAAGUGGUGAUAAUGUACAUCCAACUCUAACCUCUGGAAUAUCACCAAUGCGUAAAUAUCCGCAAAGAAAUAUUGUAGACCCUACAAAUAAUAACAAGAGUAGUAGUACCCCUUAUGAUGAAGAAAGGUAUAUGAAUGACGCAGAAGAAAGUGAUUGGAGUAGUGAAGAGAAUGAUACAAUGAAGGAUAAUGAGAGUGAUAAUGGAGAAGAUGAGAAUGAUGAUGUGAAUGACUCUACACAACCGGUGGAUUCCCGUCAAACAACACGAACAGGAUCAAGUACAGGGGCUGUAGUACUUUGCAUGACAUUUGUAUGUACAUUUGAUCAACAUCAUCAUAAGAAACAUCAUAAACAUCGUGAAGAAGAAGAAGAAGAAGAAGGAGAAAAGAAAAAGGAGGAGAGGGAAAGAGAUCCUUCACGUGAAGAGGAAAAUAAUCUUGUGGUGACACCGCAUCUAAUCUAUCAACUUCUACGUACAACUUGUUUUGUAAGGAAAGUUGUGAUGUUCAGACGUGAUAUCUCAACUACAUCAGAUAGUGCUGAUGGUAAUAAUAAUAAUAAUAAUAAUAAUAAUAAUAAUAAUAAUAAUAAUAAUAAUAGUAAACGACGAACCGUACGGGCACUUGUGGAAGUGGGAGAUGAAGAUGGAGCUAAACAGGUUGUGCAGACUUUCCACGGUGUUACAUUGGAGUUAGCAGUUCCUAUUGGAAAGGGAAAAAUGGAAACAACAACAAGAACAGCAACUAUACCACAAACUAUAGGGAAGAAAGAAGAAGAAGAAGAGGUAGAGGUGGAAUAUCGUUGGCGAUUAUAUGUACGGUAUGAGAGUGGACCACGUACAAGUAGGGAACUUAGUGUACCAAUGAAUACAAUUACCACCUUUAGUGUUACACCACAAAAUCUUGGAUUAAUGGGUCCUAUAUUUAAACGUUAUUGGUGUAGUGAACAUAAAGCACAUGGUAGUUUCAAUACUACUAAUACGAUUGCUAAUAUUACUAUUGCUAAUGUUCAUACUGCUGUGGCUAUGGAUGAUGCUAUUGCAAGACAUCAUACACAGCAAUCUCAAGCAUUUACUUAUAUGACCCAAAAUCCACAAGAACAAUUAUUACAAUAUAGUAGUGAUAGGAUGAAAUAUAAUAAUGAUGAUUAUGAUGAAAGCAGACAUCAUGAUCGUAGAAAAAGACAUCGUGAACGUUCAAAGGAAGAAAGACAUCAUCGACAUUCAAGACGCCGUUCAUGUGAAAAGAUCAGUUCAAACAAACAACGUCGUCGUAGUCAUGAACGUCACAGUCGUCAUCAUCAUAAUCAUCGAGACUAUAAUGAUAAUAAGGAUCAUUCUAUAGAAACUUAUCAUCAGCCGUUAACAGUUAGAGUUGGUGGGGUACAACAACCAUCAUUGACAUCUGAUAAUAUAUCAUUCCAUUACAAUCCCCAUCCGCAUCAUCUUCAACAAUCCCAACAACAACAAUUACAGCAAAUACAACAACAACCAUCAGGAAAGUGUACAUCUUCAAACACUUUACAUGAGAUGAGGGGAAAUCCCAUGGCGGAUUCUUCAUAUGUGACUACCACAUCCUCUUCACCGACGUGUAGAGCGAUCUAUUCUAAAGAACAUGGAAGGAUGUACUAUGUAUAUCGAGAUCCAAAAACAGGAGUGGAGGUCUCAUCGUGGGAACCGUGUGGGAAUUAA